AAUGAAUUUGAAUUCCUUCCCGAACGAGGUACUGUGCUACAUUUUUGAUUACCUACCAUGGAAAGAUCGGCAGCGGGUGUCACUGGUGUGCAGCAGAUGGCACAGCAUUAUCAACUCGGUCCACUAUCUGCGCCGCCAGAAGCUGGUACUGUACAACUAUGGCAAGGCAAAGUUUUUCUCCGGCGUCGGUGUACAGUUGCUGUGCCGUCAGAAGAGCAUUGAAUUCUACUCGAACGCCAUGCUGGACACGGAAGAGCUGCUCGAUACGAUUGUGAAAUCGUUCAGUACGGGCUCGGCAAUGGUUCAAUCGUUGUCGCUGUUUCUACGGUCGGAGCAUAAGCUUGCGUUUGGGUUGGUGGUGGCCAACAUUCCUAACUUGCUGCAUCUGACCGAGCUAAAGAUAUCGGCCAACGAAGCGCUCACGAAGGGUGUCCAGAUUGAUAGUGCGUGCCUUGAGAAGAUUAACAUUUCUUUCUAUCAGAAUUCCCUCUGCCGGCUAAAUACGCCACGACUGCAUACGCUUCAUCUGACGGUACGGUAUAGGAGCGAGAUGGACCUGCUUAGUACGGUUUCGGCACAACUGAUCGAGCUAAAGGUGUCGUUCAUCUCGAAGGAUCACGUGGCGCAGCUGUUCGGUUGUGACUUUAGUUCGCUGAAGGUGUUGAACAUUUUGCUGAAGAACGACAAAUACAUAUCGUACAGUGUGUCGCCUGUACACAUGAUGCCGCUUGAUAAAACCGGGACAUUCGCCGGAAGCAUCGUUGGACUGGAAACGCUCCGGAUUGCGGAUGUAUGCAGCAUAUUCGAUUUCGAGUUUUUGCAGAUGUUUUCGCAUGCCAAGGUGCUUAAGUCGCUCACCAUCAACUACUUCAAGCUGACCGGUGAAGUGAGUGAGCUUAUAAACGGGUUUAAGGAACUAACUUAUCUUAAUUUAGAGGGAUGCCAAAGAAUGGAUGCAACGAAACAGCUGGUCCUGCCUGGUCUGCAGACACUGGUGAUGCCUUACAAGCAGCUCACACUGUUUACCGGAAGCACUCCGAUGACCAUGCUGACCACGCUCUACUACAACAAUACGGCCAAGGAUCAGACGAACUUUGUCAAGCAAAUUGCGACCGCCUUCACCAACCUGACCUUUCUCUGUUUGCAAAACUUUGACAACGAGCUCGAUUCCAACGCUUUUCUACACCUAAAUUUGCUGACCAAGUUGCGUGUGCUCGUGAUCGAACACAUGUCCGUAUCGAGCCAAAUCUACGCUAACUGCCCUACGGUGCCCCAGCUGGAGCGGUUAGUAAUGGACACAAUCGUGACGGAAGUAUCACUGCUGGACGUUAUACCGAGCCGCUUUCCAUCGCUGCAAACGUUCGUCAUCAGCAACUGUUUCCUGUACCUGAUCCCGACGGAUAGUGCCAAACGUUACAUGACGUUCGAGGAGUUGCGUCGCCAGAUGCCAUGCUGUCGCAUAUCGACCAAGGAUUCGACCAUUUUUACCAACAACGCUAAACAAAGCUGAGAGAGGAU